GAUCUCCUUCACUGCGGAAGAAAAGAUGAAUACUCCGAUCGGGAAUACUAGUUUCGACUAUCGCUACGUUAGCGUCAAAGACACGAUUGUGAAGAGACCUGUGCAACGCUGCAAUGCCACAAAGCAACGUCAAAAGCCACAAAGAGAAUCCUUUGAAAAUAUCAAAUACUUUUCGCAGACCACGAGCUAUUUCACCAACCAAGUGAAGUUGAUAGUUGGAGUAAGAAAGAUUUCUUUCCAAGAAAAACAGCUUAUUAGAUGGGCUUCUCUACGUCAAUAAGAGAACAUCGCUUCAAUAAUUGUCAAGCGACACGCGUGCGUUUUACUCUUCUUACAUUCGUCGUUACAUCCUUCGUUCGUCCGACGAUCGCGCGGACUUUCUGCGCUCACAGCGACGCGGAAACUCACAGCACGAAGCGCGCCAUUCGUAGACGAAGUUCCGUAGAAAAGUUCUCUUCCGGACAGAAUUUUCCAGGGAAAAGCACGGAUUGCCGGCGUCUAGCCGGCCAGUUAUCCCACGACGACGUCAGGAAAAACGAUGACCGGAAGGCGAGAGAGGUCAGCCGGGGUUCACGCGAGUUCGACGGCCGGUCGAUUCCGGAAAUCGGAAGGGAUGACGCCGUAGAUACGACUCCUUUAUCUUGGAACCAAGUAUGACGUGCAGAGUCUUUCUUGGAAAACUUUGCGUUUCGCCUUGACAUCCAUUCGUUGACUUCGAGGAAAUUUCGAGCGGAAAAUCGAUCACGCGACAAAGCGGUAUUGAGCCUUGACCGCGCACGAACCAUAUUUGGUUUCAUGAAAGAAUGGCGAAUGAAAAAAUAAAUGGGAAUGAAAUAAAGAACAAAUAGAUAAUAAAUGAAUGAAAAAAAAAAACACAAAUGGAGAACAAAUGAGGAAGAAAUGAGGAAUAAAA